GAGGAGAGUCGACAGAGUAGCCAUUGAAGACUCAUUUUAUUCCACAUUCAUAGUUCUGCUCUCCACACUUUCAAAUUUCUCUCAAGAAACACCAUCAUCUUCAUUCAUUUCUUCUUCAUUGUUUCUCCAUCUGCUUGAAAUUUCUCAUAAUGGCCGCGGAAGGAAUUCUUGUUAACGGGGUCACUGAAAUCAUUAAGAAGGUACUACCUGUUAUUGCUCAACAGAUUUCUUCGUCAUGGGGUGUCAAAGACGACUUGAGAAAGCUCAAGGAAACCUUAGAGUCAAUUCAAGCUCUAAUGUCUGAUGCCGAGAGGAAGCAGGUGAAUGAUGAGGCUGUGAGACUUUGGUUGAGAAGGCUGAAAGAUGUUGUUUAUGAUGCAGACGACGUUAUGGAUGAGUUCAUUUACGAAACCAUGCGUUCUAAUAAGCACAGGGUACAAGCUCUUGUUUCAUCCUCCAACCCACUUUUUUUUCGUUUCAAGAUGGCCCGUAAUAUUCGAGCCAUCAAUCAAAAGUUGGAUGAAAUUCACAAAAACAGUCAAAGGUUUCGCUUCCAAAAUACCGGAAGUGCACAAGAAAAUCAGAAUAAAGAGCUUAUAAAAAAACGCAACCGGUUAACUACAUCGGAUGUAGAUGAUUCGUUACUUCUAGGCAGGGAAGGUGCAAAAUCAUACAUAAUUAACUUAUUGAUCGAGAAGCCGUCGCCAUCUGUGCCGUCAUCAUCAUCGGAGAUUUCUACCCAACAGCACAACGUAUCCACUUUAUCUAUUGUGGGCAUGGGGGGUCUGGGUAAGACUACAGUGGCUCAAAUGGUCUAUAAAGAUGACUCCAUGGUGAGAAACUUUGAGCCAAGAGCUUGGGUUUGUGUCUCUGAUCCUUUUGACAUCUUUAAGAUUUUAAGAGAUAUCAUCGAGUCCAUCACUGGACGAAAAUGUGAGGAUCCAUCCAAUGUCGACGUAUUGGCAAAACAAGUCAAGGAAAAUUUGCUUGGUAAGAAAUAUUUUCUAGUGCUCGACGACGUGUGGAAUGAGGAUGUCGGAGAUUGGGAUAAACUGAAAAGUUUUCUUGUUUGUGGCGGCUUGGGCAGCAAAAUAUUAGUCACUACACGAAGCCAGAAUGUUGCAUCCGCUGCUGGGGGUACAUAUUACUCUUUGAACAAAUUACCGGAUGAUGUUUGUUGGUCCAUUAUCAAGAAGAAAGUAUUGUCCCAAGGUGGAGCAGUGCUGACAAAGAAAAUGACAGAUAUUGGAACUGAGAUAGCAAGGAAAUGUGAUGGCUUACCCCUUGUGGCGAAUUCACUUGGAAGUUUAUUGCGUUCAAGAAGAGAUGAAAGCUAUUGGCAGUCAAUCGUAGACGACAUCGCUGAUCGUAUGCGAGGUACAACUGAACAUGAAAAAGUCAUUUCAAUAUUAAAACUGAGCUAUGAUAAUUUAUCGCCUCCUCUGAAACAAUGUUUUUCAUACUGCUGUAUUUUCCCGAAAGACUGGGAAAUAAAUAGAGAAAUGUUAAUUCGAUUAUGGAUGGCAGAAGGAUUCCUUUUGUCAUCAAGUGGAGGAGAAAGUAUAUCUCUUGAAGAUAUUGGUAAUGAAUAUUUUGAGUAUUUGGUGUGGAGUUCGUUCUUCCAGGAUGUGCAGAAGCAUCAUCUGUCGGGAGACAUUAAGACAUGUAAGAUGCAUGAUUUGGUGCAUGAUCUUGCAACGAGUGUUGUAGAUCCUAAUGAAUUUAGAAUUGCCAAGGUAAGAGAUGACAAGGAAGAUGUUUCAGAAGUUCGACGCUUACAACUGCUAAUUGAUAGAGGACAAAGUUUGGCAUCUCCUACAGUAUUAUCAAAUGCUGUGAAACUGCGUACAAUUGUUGCUCUUGAACCAAAGAAUUCGCAUGUCAGUUCUUUCUUUCAAUGUAGGCGUUUACGCAUACUAUGUCCUCUCGGUGGCUGGAGUGCAUGCACACUCUCUUCUAGGAGCAUGUCUGCUUCAUCGAUUUCUAAGCUGAAACAUCUGAGGUACCUUGACCUCUCAGACAUGGAUUUAUCUCCUGAGGUAUCUUUAAAUCAUUCUUACAAUCUGCAAACACUCAUACUGAAAUUCUGCAGAAACGUUCCUAGCUGUCUUCUAAAUAAGAUUGGAUCUUUGAAGAGUUUGAGGCAUCUUGAUAUCUCGUUUUCGGAUAUUAAAUCUAUACCCGAAAAUAUUGGGUCCUUGGAACAUCUGAGUUUCCUUGAUCUUUCAAGAACAAAAAUCUCAAAGUUACCGGAUUCAAUCACUUAUAUCACCAGUUUAAGGACGUUGAGGUUCGAUUGGUGUAGCACUUUAGAUGCCUUACCAAGUGAGCUAGGAGCACUGACACGAUUGAGGUGUCUUGAUUUGAGUUAUUCUUCCAUCCAAGAAUUGCCUGAAUCAUGCAUUAGCAACCUCUGCAAUUUGGAGAUUGUGGAAUUAGGAGAGUACUGUAAGCUUCCAAAGGAAAUUAAGAAUUGGCCGAAAUUGAGAAUUUUUGCUCACUCUAGAAAAGAUGAUGUAAUGCCUAGAGGUAUAGAAAGGCUCACUUGCCUUGAAACAUUGAAUUACAAUGCUAGAAAUGAAAAUGAGAUCUGUGGAAGUCCCAGUAAUAAGAGUUACGGAGGCAUUGAAGAGUUAGCAGGCUUAAACUCCCUUCGGGUGUUAGAGAUCAGAAAACUUGAAAAUGUGAGAGGUGGAAUAGAAGAUGGAGAAACAGCAAAGUUAAAGGACAAGCAACAUCUUCGAGAAUUACAUCUGGAAUGGGGUUCCACAGGUGGUGAUGAUGACCAAGUACGGAGUAGUAGAAGUGUAAAAGAUACUGCGGUGUUGGAGGGUCUCCAGCCUCACUCAAAUUUGAAGCAUUUGCAUAUAUAUAGAUUCUCAGGUUUAAACCUUCCAAAGUGGAUGAUGGGGUGUUCAUUAUCUAACUUCCUUCCGAAUUUGGUGAAAAUAAUUAUGAGAGAUAUCAAUAAUUGUGAGCAGCUUCCAGCUCUGGGCAUGCUCCAAUUUCUUAGGUAUCUUGGGAUCUUCAGAAUGAAAUCAAUCAAGUGUCUGGGAGAAGAAUUCUAUUAUCAACAAGAAAACAGAGAAGAAGAAGAAAGCAGUAGUAGUGAUACUGCAAAGAGAUCCUCAUUAUUCCCUUCCUUAGUUUAUUUGGAUAUUUGGGGAUUGGAAAACUUAGAAGAAUGGGUUGCUCCUCCUCUUUCUUCUUCUUCUUGUUUUCCUUCUCUUGAGACGAUCGAUAUCACAAACUGUAAACGAUUGAAAACCAUACCAAUAAUUUCGUUUUCUUCUCUGGAGUCAUUGAGAUUAUGGGGUACCAAUGAUAAUGCAGUAAACUCAUUACUGAAUAGAGGGGGAGGAGAAGGAUGUCUGCCCUCUCUCACAUCCAUUGAAAUAUGGGAUUCUCCAGAUCUAAUAUAUUUACCACCAUUGGGCGCACUACUCCAACGCAGUACUCCGAAUUUUUGGUCCCUUGAAAUUAGGUGUUGCUCAAAUUUUCAAGGUUUUCGUGAUGAUGGUGAUAAUCGAAACAACAACAACAGUUCGAUUCGUUUACUGUUGCUAAAAGAUUGUCCUGCUUUAACAUCUCUUCCUGAUUUACGAUUAUGCACUUCUCUUCGGUCCCUUGUAAUUCUGAAUUGCUCAAAUUUUCAAGGUUUUAGUGAUGAUGGUGAUAAUCGAAACAACAACGACAAGAGUUCUAUUCGUUCACUGUGUCUAGAAGAUUGUCCUGCUUUAACAUCUCUACCGGAUUUACGAUUAUGUACUUCUCUCCGGGAAUUAACAAUCUGGAACUGCGACAAACUGAAGAAUAAGGAGUCAAUACCCUAUGAUCUUAAGAAGUCCCUCACGUUUCUUGAAGAACUCAAAGUUGAUUUCAUCCAAAGAGACGAGGGUGUUCCGGAUGUCUUAACUAAUUUGAUGGAGAAGAAGAAGCAGAUUUGCUCGAUAGGAAGUCAUCUCUUCUUCUAGAAUUACCAACAGGUUGGUUGGAUCGAUGGCGAGGAAUCAACAGCAUGCUUCUUAAUUUUGCUCUUGAAAUUCUGCAAGCAGUGGGUAUUGUAUUACAAAGCAUCUGUUAAAAAUUUGCUUCCCCAACGCAGUCUUAGGACAAAAACUUU